CAACUCCACUAUGCAAUGAUUAUUCCAUCAUAAACAAACUUGACGUGUACUGAGUUUUGAUUAGGUGGAGUGUUGUCAUUUAAUUUAAGACGGAGAUCUGAAAUAUUAAAAAGCAUAUAAAAUUCAUAAAAAUGACUGAAAAUAAUGAAAAUCUUUCUGUUGACCUGUCACAAACGGCUUCAUCUGGAUCUGAGAAAAUGACUGAGAGCGAAAGUGAUAGUGUUGCUCUGGACACGUUGCAAAAUUUAGCUGAAGCAACUUUAGACUGUUUAGAAGAGUCAGUAACUGGAACGACUCCUAUAGUUGACCAGUAUGUGCCAGGGCCGUUACCUAAAGAGGGCAAAGCAUUUGCUCUCAUUAAAAAAUCUCUUCUGAGUCUCAUUGGAAAAAGUGAAAUGGAGGAAGAAGAAGAAAUGCUUAUAUCCUAUAUCAAACCUGAGAGGUACAUUAACAGUGAAGUUCAAAAGGCAGCUCUUCUCUCUCAUACUGUUUCUGCUUAUUUGAGUAUGUUAGAUAAAGAUGUUAUAUGUAGAGUGGCCAUGCAAGUAGUUUCUGAUACCAAUUUAUGGAUUAGUAAAAUCUUCAGAUUUUAUGACUGUCUCACUUACUUUAGUAAAGACAGUAGGGAAGGUCUUAUUAGAGUUAUUCGUAUGGUUCUACAUUUAAGAUAUCUAAGAUAUUCUACAACUGGAUAUGAAGCUUUGUUUCCUAGGCCUCCUGUUAUUUAUUACUGUGAUCCUUAUGCCCAAGGGGUUGGGAAAUAUUUAUCCCAUUUAUGUUCUCAGCUUGGAUUGCCCCUAUCUUGCAUAACUGCUAUUCCUUGUAUCUCUGGAACUGUUGAAAAUCAAUUUAAAAUGGAUACUGCAGCAUUGGAAAAAUGCAUAAAAGAUGAUUUAUCAGCAGCUAAAACGCCACUUUUUGUAAUUGCCAAUGCUGGUUCUAGCAUGGUUGGCCAUGUUGAUAACUUGCAGAAAAUACAAGAAAUUUGCAUUGCUCAUAAUGUGUGGCUACACAUUGAAGGACAUGGUUUAGCUGCUCUCAGUUUAGUUGCAGUCUCAAAUUUGCCCUCCAAUUUGGGAGACAGCAUGACACUGAGCCUUGGUGAAUGGAUUGGUCUUCCAUCUUUACCUUAUAUUACUUUAUAUAAAACCAAAGAAAUGGCUGCAAUGCAUGCUGCUGGCCUCGGACAAGCUGUUAAUGGACAAUUGGAUUUUCUUCCUGUUUGGUUUACUGUGCAAACCUUAGGCUAUGAAACAUUAAAACAGAUGAUUUGCCACUGUUUUAAGUUGACUGACCUUUUGUUAGAAAGUAUUGAAAAAUUUCCUGAAUUAAGAAUAAUUAGUAAAAAAAGGGUUCUUAAUAAAGAUGGACAUCAAUAUGAAAUUUCUACAGAAGACAAAAACAUCCCGGCAACGGUGCUGUUUGAUGUAUUCACACCUGUUCUAGUGUUUCAAUAUGUGCCCCAGUCUUUUAGAGAUAGUGAUGUGCCAGAACAGAAUCCACCAUAUUUUGAUAAUUUGAAUUCUUGGUUGAUACAAAUAAUGGCAAGACAGGUACCAUCUAUAAGAACAGAAAUCUUAGAAUUAGAGGGAUUUGGAGUUUGUGUUAGGAUUUGUCCAUUGGAAAAUGCGCAUACACUUUGUUCCACACAGCAAGAUGUGGAACAAUAUCACAUUUGCCUACAGCAACAAGUUGAAAUUUUAAAUUCAACUGUUGCUCAAAAGGAACAAUUAUAUGAAGAAUACAAAAAAUAUCCCAAACUUCAACUUGUAAAUAUUGCCGAAUGGGCUGGUAUGGGAGGUGUAAGAUAUAUUCCUGAUUUUUGGGCUGAAAGAUUGAAUGAACUGACUGAUACUGGAAAAGCAGAUAUUAAUCAGUUAAAUACAGAGCUUGUUUCUAAACUUAAAGCUACUGAUUCAGCAUUUUCUCUUGCUAGAAUUGAUUAUGGCGAAGCUGAUGAUGGCAUGCUUUGUGUUCGUUUUGGCAUGGUUGAUGCACAUUUAAAUUUAGAUGAAUUGAUGAGUGUUGUUACAUCAGCUGGGCAAGAAUUGGAAGAAUCUUCUAAAUUUCUUGAAAGUAUGUCAGAGGUUGUAAGGCAAGGAAUUGAAGAAGCGAAUAAAGAGUUGAUGCAAGAAAACCAAGAAAAACUAAUGCAAGAAGGUGUACUGCGUCAGGUUCCUGUUAUAGGUUCCCUCGUUUCUUGGUGGUAUCCAGCCCCUACUGAAACUGGUAUUAAAGGUCGAAGUUUCAAUUUAUCUUCAGGUACUAUUGAGAGUACAGAAAAUAUCUAUAAGUAUCACAUGCAAAUCAAAGAAGGUUCCAAAGCACCCCCUAUAUCUGCCACCAAAGUCUUGCCUCGUAAACCUAGUCUACCAACAACUCAGCCUGAACAACAAAUUAGUCCUACACCAUCAAAUACCGAGUGAUAGUUCCAAUAAAGACUAUGACAAUUAAAUAAAGAGUAAUAAAUUGAAACAUUUUUGUGCAAUGAAACUUUAAAUGCGGCAUGAAUAUGGGUUAUUUGGCUGUUUUGUAUUUCUAAACACUUUAGGGCAUUAUGUUAUAUUUUUUGUUUAGAAAAUUAUUAAAGACAAAAUAUUGCAUGAUAUUUUAUUUGCAAUAGUGAGAAGUUUUAAUUGAGCCUUUUUAUAGGAUAGAAAUAUUAAAUUAUCUUAAUAUUAGAUAAUAAGUGAUUAAAAAUUUAAACUUUUGAAAGGAUAUUUAUUAAUAAUUUUUUAAUUCCCGAAUUUCAGUUCAAAACAUUUACUUGAAUAUGUUUCUUCUUACAAAUCCUACUACUUUUCUAGUCAUGUCUUGUGUUAAAUGUUUUUCUUUGUUGUGAAUAAUUAUUUUGGUCUUGAAUAAAGAAUUCUCCAUAUUAAUUAUUAUAUUUUAUAUAUAUUUCCACAGUGAUUUUAUUUUUACACUCAUUUUACACAGGGCUUGAUUUCAGGUUGACCAUUUUUUUUAUUUUAUUUAAAUUACAUUUUUUUUUGUUUUAUAAAUUCUUUAUUUAUUAUGAGGUUUGAAAUAAUGAAUAGUUUUAAAUUAAAAAAGAAAGUUAUAAUUUUUAGAAAUUUUUUUGCAGCAAUGCAAACAUUUUUAACGCAUAUAAAUGUUGUCAUUAUAUAAUUUAAUUUUUAAACUAUUAUUAAAAAUAGGCUAAUUUAAAUGGUAAAAGUCUGAAGAACUUUUUAAAUUUUAUUUAGAAAAACUCAAGUAAUUGGAGGUUUGUCUGCAGAGUGGCCAUCUUGGAUUUAAGCUAAUAAAUAACUUAAUCAUAGUUUUAAAACAAGCUAACAAAAUAUGUGUAAAAAAAUUUAAAGGGAUUUGGUUCUCAGACUUUAAAUUCUAUAUUCCCUAAAAGUGUGUUGGGUAACUAAAAUUAGUAGCUUCGAAACUAAUUAUUGGAAAGUGUUACAUUUUUUUCUAUAAUCUUUUAUUUUAAUUAAAUUUUAUUUAUGUUCUUAAUUAUAUUUUACUAGGAAAUUGAAUACAGCAUUUUAAUAAUAAUCCACUGAAUAUUUUUCAAAUUUGUUAUUGUAAUUUAAUGUUUCUGUUAUUAUGAAAUAAAAUUGGCUGAUUGAACUUAACUUAAAAAUAUAUGUGCUUUGAUUUCUUUUAAAAAUUAUUACAGAGCAAAGAUUUCUCUUGUGAAUUUUUAAAUCUGAUAAAAAGGACUGUACUGUUAUUCUUAUUUUAGAGAUGCAAAAGCAUAAAUAUUUAUUUUACCUGUAGGUUAUUAAGUACUUGUAAGGUACUUCAUGAAUAGGUUGUUAAACUGAAUUGUAUUAAAUAACAUGAGGAAUUUAUAAACUUGGUGCUAAACUCUUAUAAGUACUUGAUUUUAUCUGAUGGCUUGUACUGAAAAUCACUAUCCCUUCUCAAAUCAAGCUCUGGUUAUUAUAAUUGAUGCAAUAUAAUGUUACAAGUGACAAUCAAAUAUCAAAUAAAACAAGCAAAAUAUACUAUUGGUGCUUAUGUUAAUACUUUUUUCUGAUAGAACAAUUGUUUGAUUUUGAAUUUUUUGGAAAUGCUUUUGUUACCUGUUUUAUCUGUGAUGUUCUUAGAUGUUAUAUGAAUUUAUUAAAUUGUUGAAUGUUGUUUGUGCUUGCUAUAUUUUUAGGUUUCCUUUAGUUUAUUAAAUAGCUAUUAGUUUUAAAAUGAAAAUGUUUAUAUUGUUUCAGACUUAAUCGAUAUCAAUUUUCAAAACAGGUUUUACAGUAGUUAUUCAAAGUGAUUUAAUUAUUUUAAAAUAUAAAAUAAUUUCUUUCUUACAUUACAAACAUUUCCAAAACAUCUCAUUAUUAUUGUAAGCGUUGUAUAAAAUCUAAAACUUUAACUAUAAAUUCGAAAUUUUAUUCACAACAUUUCUGUUCCCACUAAAAACAAUGUGAAUUGUCAGAGUUUUAUUUUAUUUGUUUAAACCAAAAGUUUCAGAAGUAAGGCACACAAGCAUCACUGUUACAGCCUGGGAUUUCAGGCUUGGUACAUCUGAUGCCGAUAUUUGACUACCCAUUAUGAUUAUAUAUUAAAAUUCAGGAUGUGAAUAAAAUAAUAAUCCAAAGAAAUACAAUAACUAAUACUUAUUAAAUUCUAAUUAAAUUUUUCAAUUCAUAAUAAUAAGAAAUAAAAUGAUAUCGAUAUAUACAGACAAAACUUAAAAUGAACCUUUGCUGGCUGAUUACAAAAUGAGUUUUGUGCACAAUUUAAAUUUAUAGUGUGUUUGUAUAAUAGCCAAGCUUUGGGUUUUAGCUGAGGCAUUAAUUUGGCUCUUUAUAUAAUAGGUUAUAAAACGCCUAGUUUAAACUAUUGCAUUAUAAAAUUAUAAUAUGAAAGUUCUUAUCAAAAUUAAAUUUCACUUUCUUUAUUAGUGAGUAUUUUGGAACAGAUCAUAUCUGUACACUAUCUUCAGUAGCUAUUUCUUCUAUUUUUAAAGGUAAUCAAAAUUUAUUUAGCAUACAGCGAAACUUAUAAUAGCAAUUAAGGCAUCAAAAUAUCUAAAAAUACUUAUUUUCUUAUUUUAAAAGCUCUUUCGCUAUAGGUCACAGAAUUUGCAUUGAUUUUUUUCUUGCCAUUAAUGAUUGACUAUCUAUAUUUUUAAUGAUCUACUAAAUAUAUUUAAGAUGUGUAUAUUAUUUAAGUAAUAUUUAAGUUGAAUAUUUUUCCUGUUUGAAAACUAUGCACGAGAACAAAUGUAUUGAGAUGUGGUGAUAUUUACAGCACAGUAUUUUUGAGUGUGUAUUGAUUGGUAUAUUUGUUUAAAUAAAUAUGCAUUUAUGCUUUUUUAA